AUGAUCUCUGAAAAUAAGCCUGCAAAAAUCCCAGAAGCAAAAGAACCUGUUGAAACUGCUAAAGAUGCUUUAAUAGCACGUAAAUAUCAAAUCGAAUUAUGGGAAAAGGCAAAAAAGGACAAUGUCAUUGCCGUACUGGAGACCGGAAGUGGCAAGACCUUCAUAGCUGUUCUCCUAAUAAAAGAGGUUGUGGCUGAAGAACGAAUGUUGAGAAGGCUUAGAAGAGAGACAAAACUCACCUUUUUUCUGGUGAAUCUGGUGCCGCUUGUUUUUCAACAAUCAAAAGUCAUUGAAUCAAAUUGUGAUUUGAGAAUAAAGCCUCUCUGCGGUGAGAUGGGAGUAGACUUGUGGAGUGAGAAAGAAUGGCGAAAUUACUUUGAACAGUACGACGUGCUAGUUAUGACUGCUCAAAUCUUUUUGAAUAUUUUACGACACGGAUUUAUUUCGAUCAAUCGAGUUAAUUUGCUGAUUUUCGACGAAUGCCACCACGCUGCAAAAAAACAUCCGUACAAUCUAAUAAUGAGAGAAUUCUUCGAUCGAUGUCCCGAGAAGGACAGACCCAAAAUAUUUGGAAUGACAGCUUCUCCUGUGAAAACUCGCAGUGGUAUUAAUGCAGCUAGCAAUCUUGAAAAUAAUUUACAUUCGAAGGUAUUCACAGCAAGUAAUACCGACGAGUUACGACGUUUUGUCAAUCGCCCUCAAGAAGUUUCGAUCCAGUAUGAAAGACCGCCCGAAUAUCAAAUGACCCAGCUUUUCUCGACUUUAUCGAAAGAAUGCAGUGGAAUAGAAAAGUUUCAAAGAGCUUUUUCGAGCGCAGAACAGGUACUUAGUAUGCUUGGGCCUUGGUGUUCCGAUCGGACGUGGAAAUAUAUAUUAGACGAUAUAAUCGAAAGGAAAGAAGGAAAAUUGGAUCCUAAUGAGUAUGAUCAUGAUUUACUUGAGGAGGAAGAACGUCUAUUGCAAAGAGCAUUGAUAAUAUUCGAAAAAUGGCAAUUCGAACCACCGAGACUCGAUCCUGCUGUUCUCUCGCCAAAGGUUAUAAAAUUGAUUCAGGUAUUGAAUUGUUUUCGAGAGAUUAAGGACGAGUUUUGUGGAAUUGUAUUUGUGGAGCGUCGACAUACGGCAAAUGUCUUGGAUCUUGUGAUUCGUGAGCUUGGCGUGUUAGAUUUUAUUAAAACCGGAGUGCUUGUAGGUCAUGGGACAAAUGAAUCGGGCGAUCUUCAGAUGAGAUACAGACAACAAAAUAAGAUAAUCAAUUCCUUCAAAGAAGGUACCAUCAAUUUGCUUAUUGCUACUAAUGUGGCCGAGGAAGGUUUAGAUAUUCAACCCUGCAAUGUUGUCAUUAGAUUUGAUUUCUUUAAUACACUCCGAGCUUACAUUCAGUCCAGAGGAAGAGCUCGACGCAAGGACUCAAAAUAUAUUGUGAUGGUUGAAAAGGAAAAUAAUAAAGAACUAGGCUUACUUAAAGAAAUGCGUGAUUCCGAAGAAGAAAUGAGAAAAUGGUGUGAAAUGCUUCCAGAAGACCGCAAACCAGAGUUUAACAUCAAACAAAAAUGUGAUGUCUAUACUUGUACGUUGACCUUACCUAGUAACUGCCCCGUUAGAACUGUGGUUAGCGAGAUCUUUCGUAGCCGUGGUAUGGCCAAGAAAUCGGCAGCUUUCAAUGCAUGUUUAGAAUUGUACGAGAAAAAGCAAUUAGAUGAUCAUUUGUUGCCUGCUGUUGAAUAUGAUGAAAAGGAUCAUGAAAUGAUGAAGCCUGUUGUAGAUGAACAUGGCCUUGUGGAAGGUGCAAGGAAAUCUAAAAGAGAGUAUCGGCUAAAAUCUCCUGACUUAUGGGCUUUAGAAGAAGAUCCCCAAGUUCCAGAGGAGCUUUAUGCGACUAUCUUGAAAUUGGAUCUCGAAGAUGAGAAAUUAGAUGGAUAUCCCUAUCGCACAUUGUGUUUAUUGACCAGAAAUCAAGUCCCCGAUUUACCUGAUAUCACGCUUUGGUUCCACAGUGUUGCAGUAAAUCUAAAAGUUCUCACUUAUUCGGAAAAAAUCAAAAUGGAUAGAGAGAAGAUGGAUUUGGUUUGCAAGUUCACUUUGCGCGCCUUCACCUCGAUCAUUAACAAAGAAUUUCAAUGUGAGCUUGAGAGAUUCACCUAUCUGAUUGCUCCAUUAGUUCGCAAUGCCCCCAUUAAUGAGAAUACUAUAAAGUUCAUCGACUGGGAUGCAAUUGAGAUGGCAGUAAAUUUCAAACAUCUGCCAGUCGAUCUCGACAAUACAAGCGAGUUGGAAGAUGCCGUAAUCAUCGAUUACGCAGACAAUUUACGACGAUAUUUUGUUCAAUCUAUUCGUUAUGACAUGAAUCCUUUGACUCCCCUUCCAGAAGGCAUGGUACUUCGAGAAGCUGGUUGUGAAAAUUUUGCUCAAUAUUACAAAAAACAAUUCGAUCUUGAUCUUGAACGUCCAGAACAACCAUUGAUUCAAGUACGCAAAAUUUCCAAAGUCAUGAACUUUUUGCAACCUGUUCCUGGAGCUGUUCCACAAGAAAAAGGAAAAACCGCAACCUUUAUUAUUCCCGAAUUCAGUAAACAAUACUCAAUUGGAGCAUCGGUAUUCCGUUCUGCUAUGCUGUUACCGUCAAUAUUUACAAGAAUUAACUCUCUUCUUCUCGUGAGAGAAUUAAGACUUAAUCUCGAAUUACCUAUAAGAGAUGACUUGCUUCUUGUGGCAAUGACUACUCCAUCAGCAAAUAUGGACAUGAACUAUGAACGUCUCGAAACUUUGGGCGAUUCUUUCUUGAAAUUCUGUGUAACCAUACAACUUUAUGUCAUGUUUCCUGAUAAACAUGAAGGUCAAUUGCAUUGUCAACGUAUUCAUAUCAUCUGUAAUAGAAAUCUAUAUCGUAAUGCGAAAAAAUUACAUCUUUACGAAUACAUUACUUCUUUGCCAUUCAACCGACGCGCGUGGCGACCAGCAAAUAUGCUUGCAUCGAUCGACGAUCCGGAAAUGCUUGUAAAACCAAAAAUGCAUGAAUUAGCUGAUAAAACUCUCGCCGAUGUGGUCGAAGCUUUAUUAGGCGCUGCCUAUCUCAGCGGUAAAUCCGAGGCAGCUUUGAAGGCCGCGAUUGCUUUGCUAAUCCCGUUUGAAGGAAUUACCGAAUGGUCGCAAUUCCAUCCAAAUAACAAAAAUCUGCCUCGUGCCACCCAAAAAUCUGCUAAAACCUUAGACGUUGAAAAAAUCGAGCGAAUUUGUGGUGGAUAUGUUUUCCGAAACAAGGUUCUGAUUGCCGAGGCUCUAACACAUGCCAGUCUGCCGAAUUCGACGACAGCAUGUUACCAACGUCUCGAAUUUUUGGGUGAUGCUAUUUUAGACUUUAUGACUGUAAAAUAUCUAUUUGAGAAGUAUCCUGAUGGUUCCCCGGGGAUGAUUACUGACCUUAAAGAUGCCUCUGUAAACAACCAUAUUCUUGGAGCUAUUUGUGAAAUUAUGGGAUUGCAUAAACAUAUCAUUCAUUUUUCACCAAAGCUUUGUGCUAACAUCACCGAUUUCUGCAAUGUCGUGAAUGACAUGAGGGAUAAAGACGAAGCUGUCGGUGAAUAUUGGAGUGAUAUCGAAGUUCCUAAAGUUCUUAGUGAUGUAGUUGAAAGUAUGUUAGGAGCAGUCUUCGUUGAUUCCGGAUUUGAUAUUAGGGUCCCACAAAACAUGUUCGACAAAUGUAUUAGGCCAGUUCUUAGUGCUCACGUAACUCCUGAAUAUUUGAAAGUUCAUCCUGUGAAAAAAUUAACAGAACUUAUACAAAAAGAAGGAUGCACCGGGUUGUUAUUGAGAAAUGAUACUAACGAAAAUAGCCUCGACGAUAAUUCACAACAUUGCACGAUUUUCAUUCAUAACGAUAACGUGGCAUCAGCAUCAUCAAACAAUAUCCGAACUUCGCGAAAAAUGGCCGCACAAAAGGUAUUGGAUAAAAUUGAAGCUAAUCCUGGAUAUCUUGAAACUGUGUGCACAUGCAUUUUACCGGGCGAUGAAAAAAUCUUGAAUCCUGACGAAGAUGAUGAGGUGUUGAUCGAUUAA